UGAAAUAACAAGCGGAUGCACGGAGAGCCGUGGGCCCCCUCCUUCCCUCCGUCCCACAGUAAUUGUCCCCUCGGUGAGUCAGGCAGGCUGAGGCCUCCACAUGUGCGCCGCUGUGGGCGUUUGUUCCAGCACCCAACCACAUUGUAACGUGAGCCUGCCGGGCCAAGCCCACUGUAUUUUGGGAUGUUUUACUCUGGGCCGGACAAAGACACGUUUACAGGCAGGAGCCGAGGCUGAGCAGAUGUUUCUGUGCCGGGGCAGUGGGAAGGAAAGAGAGAGAAAAAUGAGGAUGAGGAGCAACGCUGAUUCUGUAAAAGGAGCACUUUGAAGAGAUGGCUGAAGAUGUCUGUCAACAGUGACAACUCCUGUGUUCUCUUGUCGGCCAAAGACGCCAGGACUUCCUGCAUUUUCCCACCAGCAGAUGAGAAAGAUGACAUCCCAAAAGUGGGGGAUGAUAGUGUUCUGGAGAUGCUGAGUUAUUCCAAAUUCUCAGACCUGGAGACAUGGCUGUGUAUGCCAUCCGAUUUGCUCCUGCCCAAAACUCUGGACUCCAACCUCACUUCCUCUCCCACAUUGUCCUCCUCCCAUAUAUCCAUUCACUCCUCCUACCUGUCAGCAAUGUCGUCCCCCUCUCCAGCAUCCAGCUUGCGCCUCUCCACCUGCAGUGAGCCUGGAGACACCGAGAAGCUCUUCAGUUUGCUCUCUUCCUCUGUCGGGAAGGAGGAGAUAUUUCUGUCUACACCAUAUCUGCCCAUCAUGUCUUCCACACCCGCUGCUGUUUCAGAGCAAAGCUCCAAAUCUUCAGCAGCAAAUUCCUCCUCCCAGAGCAGCGUGAACGUCAAGAAGAGGCGUCGGCUGGCAGCGAGCCCUGGAGGACUUCACUGGAACUGUGCCGGUUCGCUGCAGCGUGACUUCAGCUCCGCCGAUCCACUUCCAUCAGAAGCAGGAGUCGGAGCCAAAGGACCAGGCUGUAAAAUAAGGGCUGUUCCCAUACGUGGCGUGGGCGGAGCCACACCUGAGUGGGCUGGUGAGAAGGGAGUGCUGACGAAGAGCGUCUCCUGUGAUGGAGCCCAGCUGAAGCUGCUAAGCCGGCUGGACCGAGGCUGCCGGAAGCUGCGUGGCAUCCAGAGCCUGGGAACAACGGGAAGAUACGACUGCAAGAAAAGGACAAACAGCAAGAUCUCCAGACUUGCUCAGAGGUGGAAUCGAACGCCAACGCGAGAUGAUCUGAUCAGACACCUGAAGCCCCCGGACCACACAGGAACUCCCCGAUCUUCACUCAGUCUGGACAGAUACUUCCCAGCUGUCAGGACUCAGCAAAUGCAGAACCUGCAGUUGUCCCAGAGCAGGAAGUGCCCGGGCGGGCCGGCCUCUCCGAGUGCGGCCAAGCGCCUUUACCGGAACCUGUCAGAGAAGCUGCGGGGAAGCACCUCGUCCUUUGAAGAUGCCUACUUUUUUGGGAAGACAGACCGUCUCCGUAAAGCGUCGGUCAGUGAAUGCAUCUUUGAGGCGGUGGAGCAGCAGGACUUGGACACUGUGCAGAUCCUGCUCUACCAGUUCUCAGCUGAGGAGCUGGACCUGAACACUCCCAACAGCCAGGGUCUGACACCACUUGACAUCGCCAUCAUGACCAACAACAUGCCCAUCGCGAAGCUGCUGUUGAAAGCUGGUGGGAAGGAAAGCCCUCAUUUUGUGACAGCGGAGAGUCGUGACGCUCACCUGCGCUCUCUGGUGGAGGAGACGGAGAGGCGGGCGGCGGAGCUGGCAGCCCAGGCCCAGAGAGACGGCCUGUCUCUGGAGGCCUGCCACAAAGACAAGCAGCUGACAACCUGGGAGAGGAGGAGCAAGCUGUAUAAACGCAUGAGGACGGGCUUCCAGCACGCCCGCCCCCCAGACUCGCCAUCGAGGGUUCGUCUGAGUGUGACAAGUAGCACCACGCUGACUGUGACCUUCCAGGAGCCGCAGUGUCUCAACUCCACAGUGGUGACCAAGUACAGAGUGGAGUGGAGUUGCCUGAAGGACUUCUCGCUCCUCGCCGGUGAGGUGGUCUUGGAUAACCUGCAGAACCUAAGGUGGACCAUUGGUCACCUCUCUACGGGGCGGCUCUACUAUGUCAGAGUUUCUGCUUACAACAUGAAGGGAUGGGGCCCCCCUGCCACCUCACUGCCCCCGUCUGCUGCCCCCUCCAAUUGGAGAGAGAGUGACGGCCAAAAGCCCAGGAGGCGAGCUCAAAUUGAGGCCAUGGAGCGUCUGCUGCAGCAGGUCCGAGCCACGCACACACACUACUGCUGUGGAGACACCUCCAAGAUGCAAAACCACAGCAGGAAGCAGUCGGUUUCCAGGAGCCUGAAACACCUUUUCAACUCCUCCAACAAAUUUGUGAAGACACUGAAAAGAGGGAUCUACCUGGCGGCUGUAUUUUACCACAAGGACAGCUUACUGGUGACGCCUGAGGACCAGAUUCCCAUUGUGGAGGUGGAUGACUCCUACAGCAGCUCUCUUAUGCAGGACUUUCUUUGGUUCACAAAGCUGUCCUGCAUGUGGGAGGAUGUGCGAUGGCUCAGACAGAGCAUGUCCGUGUCCAUGUCUUCAUCGUCCACACUGCAGGCCCGACAUAAGAUGCUCAGUGCCGCCAGCCAGAUGCAGAACCUCCUGGGAACCCAUAACUUGGGUCGAGUCCACUUCGAGCCCAUCAAGGAUCGCCAUGGAAAUGUGCUGCUGGUGACAAUCCGUGACACAGAGACCCAGCACUCACUCCUCAGUGGGAAGUGGAUGCAGGUCACUAAGCUGCAAAGUCAAAGGAAGUCUCUGUCUACGCCAGAGGAGCCGUACGCACUCGACAUCCUCAUCAUCACUAUGCAGGACAUUCUGGCGUACCACCGGCGCAGCUGCCACCGCCUGACGACCGGCCUCUACCUUGGUUAUUUGAAGCUCAGCAGCUCUGUGGACCAGAUCAAAGUCCUGGUGUCCCAGCGGACCCCCAACAUGCUGUGCCACACCCGCAUUCGAGACAACCCCAAUGUGUCCAGGGAAGAGUGGGAGUGGAUCCAGAUUCUGGCUGCUGCAGGAAGGAAGGGCUGCAGUGAGGAUGACAGCAAGGGUGAAAAGCCACCGGCAGAAAGCCACACCCCUUUAUUGUGCUAUGAACUGCAGACCGCCGUGAAAUCCCUAAUGAAGCACAUGAACCUACCUCUGCACCAGGCCUAUCGCUUCCGUCUCUACAGCCAGGAGGUAGUGGAGCUCGGUCACGGUGUCUCCUUCUUGCUGCUGCUUCCACCAGCUGAUGAUGUUUGCUCUGCACCUGGACAGUCCAACCCAUACACUUUCCUGUCAGGGUUCCUCCACCUCCCCCUGCAGAUGUUUGAGCUCAUUCAUUUCUGCACCUACAAAGAGAGGUUCAUCAGUCUGUACUGCCGCCUGUCCUCCGUCCUCGACCUGGACUCACUCAUAACCCAGCAAGCGCUUCGAGAGGCCAUCACUGAUAGCGAGGUGACCACAGCCAAGAACCGUCACCAGCUCAUCCUCGACUAUAUCCAGCAGCUGGAUGAGAUGCGACGUGACCUCAGGUGGCUCACAGACACUCUUCAGUAUGCUCGCUACAAGCAGCCCUGUGGCGGUGUACCCAUCAUGUGCCUGAUGGAUGCCAAAAUUUCAGACAGUGACUCUGAUCACCAGACCGACUCCCCCUCCUCCACAAUGAACCUCUUGCCCACACCAUCUCCAUCUCCAUCACCGGAACACCGCCGGAGAAAAGCCAUCAGUGACUCCCAGCAUGGUUCUGAUGAGGACGGCUCCUCUGAGGUGUUCCUGCCCACAGACAGUGACUAUGACUCCAGCGAUGCCCUGAGCCCCCGCGACCAGGACCUGCUUUGCUCUCCAGAACUUUCCCACCAGGCCGGUUUCAUGCUUGGGGGUAGUGCCCCAGAUGUCCUCCAGAUCCAGGAGCUGCGGUACAGCAUCUGCUCAUCUACAGAAUCCCCCACCUCCACCACAACAAAGGACACCCCCCUUCCCUCUCCAUGUCUAUCCUCAGACUCCUCCUUCUCUGCGUUCAGUCUGCCUCCACACCCCCCACGGCCCAGAAUCCACAUGUCCCCAUCGCUCCCCUUUUGCCCCAGGUUCUCCAAUGAUCUCCCCAUGUCCCUCCCCUUGUCUGCUUCACUAUCUGACACCACCAAGACUUUGGAGAGCCUGUCACUCUCCAAGGAGGGCACCGCCUCAGUGGGACGGCACACCAACCCCCCCACCAAACGCAAGCUGCUCUCCAGGAGCCACCGGAGUCAAUAUUUCAGUGGCCCCCAGCGCUGGCUCCGGGGCAACAGUGGGGAAAGUCUCACAGGGUCUUUAUCAGAGGGUAUCUACACCAAACAAACAGAGCCUGACCUCCCACUGUCUGGGGACCCGCCCUCCCCACAGGGCCCUACUUACAUCAGCCAUGUUUCCUGCAUCCUUGAGAACCACAAAAGCCCACAGAAGGAGCCCCGGCCCCUCGUUCAUAGGAUCUGUGUGGAGCCCUGCUGGGAAAAGAGGAGUAAGAACGAGCUGGUGGACACGGUGGUGGCUGCAGGUGUAUCAGUCGUGGUUGGACAGGUGGAGUCUGAAAGGAAAGGGGCAAAGGCAGAGGAAGUCGCCACUCAGGAAAUGGACUCGGAUGACCAAACCAACUCCCAGAUGUCAGAAAUUCUUAGCAGCAUGCUAUAGGUUCAUCGUUCGGAAGCAGCAACUACCCUCUGUUGGUUUUCAGAGUCCUUUUGUCACUUUCUGCCCACUUUUGCUUCUUGCACGUCAUAGCCAGCAAAUCAGCCUUGCUGCUGAUGUACAGACAUUACAUUAUUAGUGAGGCUACUGUGUGAAGGGCAAUAACCACAAUCACAUUUGAAGGCUGGUACGUUAAAAGUGCAACCUGUUCAUCAACGUACUGUAUUGUUUGAUAAAACGUAUCUACCAAAGUACCCCAAACCCCACAAAAACUCGACACACAUAGGCCUGGCGUUCUCUGUUAUACGGUUGCUGUACCGGUCCGUCGCCGUGAAGACAGAGCUGAGUUAGGAAGCAAAGUUCUCAAUUUACUGGUGGAUUUUUGUUCUAGUACUCACCUACGGUCAUGAGUUCUGGGUCAUGACCCAAAGAACGAGGUCAAGAAUAUAAUACUCAGCUGGUCUGGGAAUGCUUUGGGGUCCCCCAGGGGAGUUGGAGGAAGUGGCCGGGGAGAGGGAAGUCUGAGUACCUUUGCUUAGACUGCUGCCCCCACGACCCGGUCCUGGAUGAGCGGAAGACGAUGGAUGGAUGGACUUAGGUCAGGAUGUUUGGUACUCUGUCCCCCGCAGGAUGUCACCACAUCGGAACAUCAUAGAGGAGCUCUGCUUUAGUUUUACUUAUCUAACAUUAUUUAACAACAAUCUAAGACACUUUUAGCUAAAGUCAUUGCUAGACACAACCAUCUGGGCUUUUUGUGGAGGAUCAUUUGAGUACAGUCAAGUUUAAGUUAAUUGAAAAGCUUAUAAAGUAAGAAAAGUACACUGCUGAAAAAUACAAUUAGUUUUUUUCUUAUUUUCUUAUGUCAGCAUAAUUUCCAUUUGAACCAGGUUUAGGAUUAACCCUAACCCCCUUUUAUAAAGGCUAUAUUUUCCAAAGUCCGUCUUUGAUAUUUCUAAUGUUUUUUCACAAAAAUAAUUAGUAUAGAAACGGGACAAAUGUUCUUCAGACUCAGAGGAUCAAAUCUAUUCCUUACUACAGAAUAUAAAAUAACGUUCCCUGAUUUUACUCCUUCAACUCACAGAAUGUACGGCAUAGACUGUUACUCAAAAAAUAUCAAAUAAUGGAAAACCAGGCAUUGCAUCUCCCAAUAGAAAGUUUGCACUUGGACCUAAAAACAGGCACUGUGUCUUCAGUAAGAAUUGAGUCUGUUUCUUUGAGGACUGCUGUACCCACUGUAACCACCAGUGUUUUAACGUCCCCCCUCUGUCCCCAUCAGCAUAAAGUGAAUGUAGUUAGGCUCAGUUUCUUCCUGGUUUGCCAUGCUGUGGUCACUUUGGUUUUGCCUUGGAGCACUCGUAGAAUCUCUGUUUGGAAGUAUUUUUGUAUCAGAUUUACAGAUGAAUGUUUUCUGUGUUGUAUUUUAUAUUUUGUUGGCAUGAUACAGUUUGUUGUUGUGUUUGUUUUUCCCUGGAAAUGAGCUUGUUCCUGUUUGUGCCUCGUUGGGGCCCAGCAUGGACAGACUUUUGGUCUAAUCUGUACCCCCCCAACCAUCACACUGGCUGUUUGUUUUUUGUUUGUUGUUAUUUUAUUUCUUUUCAUUAUUGCAGUGUUUCUCUGAUUAACUUCUUUUUGUUUUUUGACUUUCAUGCCAUUUUGUGGAAAAGUCUGUCAGCCAUGAAGAACUGCUGAAUAUGCACAAGGUCCUAACAUGUAUGCAGAGUAUUUAAAACUACAUAUGUUAAAUGUUUGCACAAAACAAUUAUGGAAUUAAAAAGCUAAUUAAAUAUUUGAUGCAACAGGGCAUUAACUGUGGCAGCUUUUAUUGUUUAUGACUGUGUAAGCAUCAGUAAAUGUUCUGGAAAGAGCUGUUGAUUGAAAAGUACAAAGUAUUUUCCAACAAGUUUCAUUGUGUUUGAAUAUGUAACUUUUGGAUUGCAGCUUUACUACUACACACGCACUUAAUGUUUUCACCAAUUUUGGCUUCAGGUAUCUGUUGUAUGGAAUUUUGUGUCAUUUUGAUUUCAUGUGGUAGCUGUGGUGCAGAGGUGGUCGACCACUCACGCUGGUUAUGUGGAAGUUUCCUUGAGCACUGAAUGCUAUGUUGCUCCCAGUGACCUGGUUAGCACCUUGCAUGGCAGCUUAGCUUUUACUCUUUACUGUUCUUGUUGAUAGAAAAAAAUACUAAAAUUAUAUUUGAUGAGUGUCUGUAAAUCGGUUCAGAGUUUACAAAUAAAUCCAACACAUGUAA